CAGUCAUGACCUUAAGAGCGUGUGGCUUGAUCAUCUUCAGGAAGAUGCCCAGGGCCUCUGCUGCUGCAGCUGCUGAAGGCAACAUUGAAUACCUCCUUCUGCAAACUUCAUACGGGACUCAUCACUGGACUCCCCCAAAAGGCCACGUGGACCCCGGGGAAGACGACUUGUGCACGGCCCUGCGGGAGACCCAGGAAGAGGCUGGACUGGCCUCCACCCAGUUCACCAUCCUGGAAGGGUUCAAGAAGGAACUGAAUUACAUGGUAAAAGACAAGCCCAAAACAGUUGUCUACUGGCUGGCAGAGCUGAAGGACAGGGACACAGAGAUCAAGCUUUCAUCGGAGCAUCAGGCCUUUCGCUGGCUGACCCUUAGUGAUGCCUGCAGACUUGCAGCAUACGAGGACAUGCAAGGGGCCUUCAGGGAGGCCCAUCGCUUUCUCUGCUCCAAAGAAUAAAUGCCCCAGGGGGAUGCAGGAAUGUUUUGGCAGAUGCUGCACUUCUGUUCCCUGAAGUCUUAGAGCAGUGUUCCUCAGCUUUGACAACUUUAAGAUUAGUGGACUUCAACCCCCAGAAUUCCUCAGCCAGUAUGGCUGGCUGGGGAAUUCUGGGAGUUGAAGUCCACCCAUCUUAAAGUUGCCCAAGUUGAGAAACACUGUCUUAGAGGGAGGUGCUUGGUGCUGUUGGUUUUCAAAUUGUGGACUCAAGAAUUCUUGAUCUGCCCAUUUGCUAGGUUUAAUUUUGGCCCUGGGCAGAAGCAGUUUGAUCGUGAUGGCCAGAAGCUCCAGGCUGAGAGGGAGCCAAUGACAGGAGAAGCAAUGCCAGCCUCCCAUUCUGAGACUCCCAUGGGAAAUUUGAGCUGUAGGGGCUUUUUGGAUGGAUCCAGCAAGGCUGUUCCUAAGUUAGCCUUCCUCAGUGUGGCACCCUCUGGUGUAUGCACCAACUCCCAGAAUUCUCAGCUUCCAUAGCCAUUGUGGGAAUUGAAGUCCACAUGUCUGGAGGUUGCCAGUUUGGGAAGUCUGAGAUAUUUGUCUAUAAGAAGAAGGUGCAAUUUGAACUUAUUUUUAAAAAUCUAGAUUUAAAUCAACGUUCUUUGUUUUGGCUCCAGCCAUUUCUACUCCUAUUUUUGGAAAGGCCUAACAUGCCACUCAAAUGCGAUGUGGGGCAUCGGUCCCCAGAAUCUAGCACCUCCCUGCUCUCCCGUAUUUGAUAAUUAAAGAUAACCGUUUUUGGCCUCCAUGACCUGUAUUCAUCCUUAAAACCAGGCAAAGGGCUUGCACACGCUAAGCCACAGAGGAGCAAGCCGGGGUUUAAAACUCACCAAGCUUCACACGCUGCACAAAUGACUUGGUUAAGUGUGUUGUGGGAACUCAGCACCAAGUGCAGAGGUUUUAUGGCACUGAGCUGUAUUGUCUCCUCAAAGCUCUCCAGGGUAACAAAUGCUGUUUCUAAGCUAGUCCCCAGACCUUUCUUCCUGGAGUCUUUUUCAGGGGGAAGGUCUUAGGUCUCAGUUGGCCCGCUGGGAGACAUUACAGGUGCACCUGGCCCACAGACUGGCCCUGGUGUGGAAUCGUGACUCUGCUCGUUUUAGGUUGGUGCAUUGUGAACCAACUUUUCUGGUUUGUAAACUGUGGUUAAUGGCUUAUCUUAUGUAUGCACUUAGUAGGGUAGCUCUGAAGGGCUUGGAACAUGUUGGUACCUACAAAGAUCAGAAUUGUGCAGACAAUGGUUUUUCCUGUGACACUCUAUGGAAGUGAAAGUUGGGCUUUGAAGAAGCAGGAUGGGAAGAGAAUUGACACUUGAACUUUGGUGUUGGGUAUUGGAGAAGACUCCUGAGAAUGCCAUGGACAGCCAAGAACACAAACCAAUGGAAAAGGAGGGAGGAGAGAGAAGAAGGGGAUGACCAGCAACAAGGUGGAUGGACUCAAAGUGGCAAUUGGGUGCCCCCUGUUGAGGUAGGGCUUAAAAUGCAACAUUGCCAUGCUGUUUCCCCCUUGCCCCUCCCCAUGACCAAGCAGAGGUCCAUCUCCUUCCAUUGUUCCCCUGGGAUUUGGAGACCUGCUGCCCCCUAGACAGGAAGCAACCUUGAGUCUUGAGGAUCUAGAGCCCCUGAUAGGACCAGCUUCCCUAUUUUACGUUUUUACAGCAAUUCAUUUAUACUGUAUUCCAGAGAUUUAAUUUACUAAAGGAGUCAAUCUGUAGUACUGUGAUGGAAAGAUCUGUAUUAGGGUGUCUCUUUUUGAGAAACUGACCUUUCUUUAAACAUCCCUUUCAGCUGUA